AGCGUCUGGCAAUACCUUCACUGGCGGGAAGACUGAGUUGUGGGUCAUUCCUCUUCCACCACUUAAAAGCUCCACCCUGUCACGUGUCCCUGCCUUCAUCAUCACCACUCGCGACGUCUCCUUGGCCGCGUCAUUCAAGAGGGGACCGUGAAAAACUGUUGCGUAUCGCGUCAGGACAGCUUUUGUCAGCGAUGGAGAGCACGAGUGGCGGCCAUAUUGAUUUCGUUGCCAUAGUGCUUAGUGUAAACAUCCUCAGCUGGAAGAAGCUUCCCUGAGUAUGGGGGAGCUGGCGCCUGCGAGGUCGCCACUAUUCUCCAACAGGGCUUUCAUUGUCGGCUACUCAGGCUACAUACCAGGUCUAAUGUUCCGGUAUGGCAAGACCUUCGGGAGGGCGGCUGAGGAAAGCAUCUCCAUGUACAUCCAACAGCAGAGUGAUAGACGCGCCAAGGAGGAGGCGCGGCGGUCCAAGUCUCUUCCUCGAUUAAAACAGAAGCGCUCCGAGAGCAGAGUGAUUGAGGAUUUCUACAGCAAGUACGGCAUUGACGGACGCAGCAACCCCAACUACCCGCCCCUGCCUGGCUACACUGGUUACAUCCCCAAGAUGAAGCCCACUGACCUAGGAAUCGGCCGCACCUUCAGCGCCGCCGCCAGGAGAGGCCUCGCGCACGUCGCCACAGCCCGGGAACACCGACAAACUCUCCAGCCGACCCUGCACGCCUCCGCCCCGCCCUCAGCAGCCCGCUACACCAAGGCGCCGUCCUAG